AUGAAUCUUAUCAACAAAGUGUCUUCAUACACUAAAACAACCAAAUCUGUUGGAGCCGACAAAGAAGCAAAGGAUAAAUAUGGAUGUACUCCACUCAAUAAUGCAUCAAAUUAUGACAAUCUUGAAGUUGUUAAAUAUCUCAUCUUUAUUGGAGCUAACAAAGAAGCAAAGAAUAAAUAUGGAUGUACUCCGCUUGCAGUUGCAAAAGGCCAGGUAAGAGAUUAUCAGUUUUUUCUGUACCAUUAG